AUGCGGCUCCCCAUCUACAUACUGCUGGCGGUGGCCAGCUACUGUCUGGCCGACGAGGUCGAGGAGACCACGGCCGCCACCACGAAAGAAGCAGAAUUGGUAACCCCUACCGUCCGUAUCGUCCCUCCCACCAGCGCACCAACAACGACGUUGGCACCCGAAAAGAAAUACCCAUCUACAUAUAUGGUUGUUGCUCCGAAGGUGGUGCGCCCCGGGCUACCGUAUGCCGUCUCGGUGAAUAUUCUGAAGUCGCAGGAGACCGACCAUAUCGUUCGAGUCGAAGUCCGUUCGGAUAAGAACCAGACGAUUGGGACUCGAGUCGUCAAGGACGUGAAAGUCGGCUCGCCGCAGACUGUCACCAUCGCCCCACUUCCGGCUGAUGCUUUGACCGGAAGUACCGGCUACAAGGUCUACGUCCGCGCCGAGACCAUCGGCGGUUCGACCCUAUUUGAAGCCGAGGAAACGGUCAACUACAACUCCAAGCACAUGUCCAUCUUCGUGCAGACCGACAAGGCCAUCUACAAGCCGGGAAGCACCGUAAAAUACCGCGCGGUGCUGAUCAACCCCGACCUGACCCCGUUCAAGGAUACGGUAUCCCUCAAGAUCAUCGACCCCAGCCAGAACGUCAUCCAGCAGCACGUCGGCAAGCCGCUCAACAAAGGCGUCUACUCUGGUGAGCUCGAACUCGCUGCCGAACCCCCGCUUGGUGACUGGCAGAUCCAGGCCGAGAGCAAGUCCGGAGUCAAGUUCUCCAAGACCUUCUCCGUCGAAAAGUACGUGCUCCCGAAGUUUGAAGUGAACAUCAAGACCCCCUCUUUCAUCACGACUGAGGGAGAUCUUGGAAUUCUGGUCAACGCCAAGUACACCUACGGCAAAGGCGUGGCCGGCAAGGCCAAGGUGCGCCUCGAGGAGCCCUAUGCAAGAUGGGCAUACCGUAGCCCAGUCAUCGUCAACCCGGACGGCACCACCAAGGAGACGCAGCCGGAAGCGCUGCUCGAGCGUACUGUAAAGCUCGGAAAUUCUGGGGAGGGGACUGUCACUUUCACGAACAAGGAACUGAAGGACUUCCGGCUGGUUCGGGACUGGGGCUCAUCAAUUCGUGUCGUCGCCAUCGUCACCGAAGAUUUGACGGAGAUCGAGAGGAACAACACGGCUACGAUGCCCGUCUACAAGGACGACACGAAGCUCGAACUGGAGAAGCAGGGCGAGUCGUUCAAGCCGGGUCUCUCCUACAACGUGGUCGUCGCCCUGAAGCUGGUCGACGACACGCCGGUGCCCGCCUCGGUCCCGAAGCGAGUGCAGGUAACCACUGUCUACAACUACGCCUACAACCCGGAACGGACAAGCCAGCAGGAGGACAAGGAGGUUAAAAUCGUCGACCUCGAUGCCCAUGGCACUACCGUACUCCAGCUACAGCCGCCGCUAAAUUGCACCUCAAUCCGGGUAGAGGCGCAGUACGACCGGCUCGGCAAGGACAACUUCACCAACACGCAGCUGUUCAGCUCGCUCUACGUCGACUCGGCCGCUUCGCCCACCAGUAGCUUCCUGCAGCUGAUCGCCGACAAUGAGGGUACGGUGGAUGCUGGAAAGCAACUCUCCUUCACCGUCAAGGCUACGGAGAACAUUGGCGUGCUCAGCUACCAGGUCAUGUCCAAGGGGGCGGUCGUCUUGGCCAAGGAGAUCCCGAUGAAUGCCGAUCAUACGACGAUUACGUUUACGGCGACCAGCGAGAUGGCGCCCAAAUCCCAACUGCUCGUCUACGCCAUCCGCCCCGCUAACAACGAGAUCCUCGUCGACGCCACCGACUUCAAGGUCGCCGGAUUGUUCAGGAACAACGUCAGCCUCGCCAUCGAGCCGAACUCGGCGCAACCGGGCGAGAAGGUCAAGUUCAAGAUUCACGCCGACCCUGAUUCAUACGUUGGCCUGCUCGCCGUUGAUCAGAGCGUGCUGCUGCUGAAGAGCGGAAAUGAUAUUACGCAGCAAAUGGUUGAGGAGGACAUGGAGCAGUACGAGACCACCGGCGAUAGCUACAGACCUUGGGAAGGAGCUUUCCGAGCGCGCCGGUCGAUCUGGUACCCGUGGUGGGGAAUCGGAGGCAAGGACGCGGCCAGCAUUUUCAAGAACGCUGGCUUGGUGGUGCUGACCGAUGCCUAUUUACACGAACAGCCGAUGCCACCAAUGUACUACUACAGAAGCGUAGAGCUGGAUGGGGCCCCAUUGCCGACAGACGCUUCUGGGCAUUACGUGAUGGUGCUAGACAGCCCGCCAGUGGAAAUGGACGUGCAGGGCUUCAGUAGUCAGCAGCAGGAGAUCCGCCCGGUUCUGAGGACUAAAUUCCCGGAAACCUGGGUCAACGAGGGCAUCAUCAGCACGAGCGGGGAAACUAUCUACGAGGCCACUGCUCCGGACACUAUCACCUCUUGGGUUGCGUCGGCUUUUGCCGUCAACGACGUGUCGGGGUUGGGUAUUGCACCGGAAACGGCUAAGCUCCGCGUCUUCCGCCCGUUCUUCAUCCGCCUGAACCUGCCCUACUCGGUGAAACGGGGCGAGAAGUUCGCGCUCCAAAUCCUGGUGUUCAACUACAUGGAAAACGAGCAGGACGUGACGGUGACGCUGAAGAACGACAACGACGAGUUCGUGUUCCUCAACAAGGACGGCAGCGUCAAUACGGAGAAAUCCACCUCCGCCAACACGCGACUUGUCUCCGUCGCUGGCGGUGGCUCCUCCAAGGCCGUCUACUUCCCGAUCGAGCCGCGCAAGAUCGGCGACCUGAAGCUGCACGUCGUCGCGACGGGCAGCAACGCUGGAGAUGCGGUCGAAAUGCCGUUGAAGGUGGAACCGGAGGGCUAUCGGGUCAACCGAAACGAGCCGGUUGUCUUCGACCUGAGCAGCCAGCCCAGCCAGGAGAAGACCAUCCCCUUGAAGUUCCCCGCCGACGCCGUGGAGGGCAGCCAGAAGGCGCGAGUGGAUGUUAUUGGCGACGUGAUGGGACCAAUGCUGUCCAACCUCGAGAAACUCGUCCAGAUGCCGUCGGGAUGUGGGGAGCAGAACAUGCUCAACUUCGUGCCGAACAUUGUCGUCAUGAAGUACCUGAAGGGGUCCAAUAAGAACGAGCCGACGAUGGAGGGCAAGGCGUUGAAGUAUAUGGAGACUGGAUAUCAGAGAGAGCUGAACUAUCGCCGCUCCGACAACUCCUACUCGGCUUUCGGCAACACCGACGAGCACGGCUCGACGUGGCUGACCGCCUUCGUCGUCCGCUCGUUCGCCCAGGCCAAGGAGUACAUCUUCAUCGACAAGCAGGUCAUCGCCAGCAGUGUUGCAUACCUGAAUGGCGUCCAGACGGAGAGCGGAACGUUCAACGACCACGGCAAGGUGCUGCACAAGGACAUGAUGGGUGGAAGCCUGUCUGGCGGAGUCGCACUCACCGCUUACGUCGCCUUAUCCCUUCUGGAGAAUGGGGACCGAAACCAGAAGGCCAUCGAAUACCUCGAGACUUCUCUUCCAAACAUCGAAAGCGACGUGUACGCAUUGGCGGUGACGUCGUACGCGCUGAAGUUGGCCGGCUCGCCAAAGGCCGCAGCCGCUUUUGCCGCCCUGGAUAAGCUGAAGGUCGAGGGAACCGAUGGAACUGUGCAUUGGGAGGCUCGCCCGACCAAUCCUGGAGAAAAAUCUGACUUCUACCAGCCGCCGCCGGUAGAUGUUGAAGUGACGUCGUACGCCUUGCUGACGGUGAUGCUGGAUGGAGAUACGAGCAAGGGUCUUCCCAUCGUCCGCUGGCUGAUCUCGAAGCGUAACGAGCUGGGCGGGUACUCCAGCACUCAAGAUACCGUCGUCGCCCUCCAAGCGAUGGGUGCCUAUGCCGCAAAGGCCAGCUCCGACCUGUCGAGCGUCAACGUGAAGAUCAUCAGCGGAGCCGACAACCACGCGUUCAACGUGUCGGCGGCGAACAGCAUCGUGCUGCAGAGCUACGAGCUCAGCGAGCUGGACAAGGAGAUCACGCUCCAGGCGACUGGAAGUGGCAUGGCCUUUGCUCAGGUGGCAUAUUGGUACAAUCGUAACGCGCAACGCGACAACACCCCCUUCUACUGCACCAAGGACCUGAAGGAGAUCCACGGUGGAAAUAGGAUGCAGUUGGAGCUGUGCUGCAACUACACCAAGACCGGCAAGUCGAACAUGGCCCUGGCGGAAGUGCAAGCCCUGACUGGCUACAAAUUCGACGAGGAGGAGGCGAAUCUCCUGACAAACAUCAAAGACCUGCAGCGCGUCGAGCUCGACAAGGACGACACCCAAGUCAACAUCUAUUUUGAUGCGCUGGACGCCGACCCGAUCUGCUUGAGCCUGUAUUCGGAUAUGGUGUACCACGUGUCGGACCAGAAGCCUGCCCAGCUCGCCCUUUAUGAUUAUUAUGAUCCGGCUGAGCAGCUCAAAACCUCGUACUCCCCGGUGCAGAGGCGCUCCCUACAAGACAGCUGCCCUGACUGCUGGCCGGCCGCCGAUUCCGCGUCGGCUUUAAGAGCACGCCGU